CACGGCACUGAGGGGCUGCAGAUGUAGCUGGCAUCUGAAGAGGUAACCUGAGGUUUCAUGAAGUUGUGUGAGAAAAAGGUUAUCAGUUAACGUGGGCAUCAGUUUGGAGGUGUAACCCUCUGAAGAUGUACGGCCUGUACCUGGAAGCAGUCAACGAUUACAUCAACGAAUCCUACGGCGAGGAUGUGUGGAGGCUGAUCGAGAACCGAGCAGAGAUCCCCCACCUCAAGUUUGUCAGACAUCAGAUGUACAAUGAUAACCUGAUCCUACGGUUGGCGAAGGCAGCAGGAGAAGUUCUGGGAAAAACUCACGAUGAGCUGAUGUACGCCUUCGGUGUCUACAUGGUAAAGAGGAUCGGGAACUACGGAUACGAGCGGAUCCUAAAGGUGUUGGGCCGAAAUGUCCGUGACUUCAUCAAUGAACUGGACAACCUGCACGAGUAUUUCCGCUUCUCCUUCCCCAAAGUGCAGCCGCCCAGCUUCUGCGUGGAGGAGGAGUGUGAGACGAGCCUCACGCUGCACUAUCGCAGCACCCGCAAAGGCUUCACUCAGUUCGUCAAAGGGCAGCUUUCUCAAGUGGGACGGCAAUUCUACAACACAGAUAUUGAGGUGGAAAUCCUGUCUAAAGAGGAGACGGAGAAAAUGACUUAUGUGGUUUAUAAGAUGAACUUCGACAACGCCGCUUUCAAACACCGCAUGCCCCAGCAGAAGACUGCACCCAGCUACGAGAAGCUACCGAUGAAGCGGGGGAUCUUUUUUGACAUGUUCCCCUUCAGCGUCAUCUUCCGCCGUGACAUGACCAUGUACCGCAUCGGUGACGGCCUCAAAGAGGUUUUCUCCGACCUCCAGGGUAAAAAAGUCAACGAGGAGUUCACCCUAGUCCGACCUAUGCUGGAGUUCAGCUGGGAUAAUAUUUACACCCACUUGAACAACGUGUUUGAGCUGCUGUCUAAAGCAGUGGUGGAGAGCAAGCAGAAGGUCAACAUCCCAAAGCUGAGCAAGGAGGAGCCGGACGAGAAAGAGGAGAGCGAGAAGGCAAAGAGGGAAGAAGAAAGAGAGCAAAAAGCAGUGGAGGAGAUGAAGGGCACAGACCAAGAGUACAGCAGCGCUCUCACUCAAUACAACAGCUCGGCCAACUCCGGAGGGGAAGAUAUCGAACUGCUGGCGUUCCAGACUGUUACUGGAAAAUGUAGUGAAACCAUCUUUGAGGACAUGCGGGAGCCUCCAAAGAAACCUCUCCACCUGAAGGGCCAGAUGAAGUAUGUCCCCCAGUGGGACUCCCUCAUCUUCCUUGGGACACCUAUCAUAGAGACAGUGGAGGACAUGAUAAAGAUGGGGGUGUAUGUGAAUGAUCUGAACCUGCACGACUCGAGCAGAGAGCUGAUUCUGGCCGGGACACAACAGUCGGCUGAGCUGCAGCUGGCCCUGGAUCAGGAGCAACAAAAAUAUGCUCAGCUGCAGGAAAUCAUCAAGAAGCUGGACGAGGAGAAGAAGAGAGGAGAUUCUCUGCUGUACGCCAUGAUCCCUAAAGCUGUGGCCGACCGCCUCAGGAAGGGGAUCACUGCCCUGGAGACAUGCCAGGUGUUCCCAGAUGUCACUAUCCUGUUCAGCGAUGUGGUCAAAUUCAAUGAGAUCUGCAUCCACAUCACGCCCAUGCAGGUGGUGGACAUGCUCAAUGAGAUCUACAUCGUCUUUGACACUCUCAGUGAGAAACACAACGUCUACAAGGUGGAGACGAUUCGUGAUGCCUACAUGGUGGUGGCUGGUGUGCCCAACAAAACCACCUUUCAUGCCCACCAUAUCUGUGACAUGGCUCUGGACAUGCUGAGCUCCAUCGACCACCUCAAAGACCCGUCUACUGGAGAUAACAUCCAGAUUAGAGUCGGUAUCCACUCAGGUAUGGUGGUGGCUGGUGUGGUGGGUCUGAAGAUGCCCCGGUACUGUCUGUUUGGUGACACGGUGAACACAGCAUCCAGGAUGGAGAGCAAUGGAGUGGGCAUGCAGAUUCACAUCAGCCAGACCACCAAAGACCACCUUGAACAUGAGCCGUAUAUCAUCGAGGAGAGGGGCAAAAUCUUUGUAAAGGGUAAAGGCUACAUGAAGACAUACUGGCUGAAAGGAAAGAAAGAUCUAUCAUUCAAGACCCCGGCAGAGCUGCGCUACAGCAGUGAGCAGAAAGACUCUGAGGACAAGAGCUCUAAUGGCUCCACCAGCACCAACGCCAAGCGCAUGGCCUCCAACCUCCACAUCAGCGGCAACGACGAGCAAGCUGAAGGGAAGCCGAGCCCCAGCGACCUCCCUCUGGACACCUUGCCCCCACAAGAGGCCACCAACGAGCCCCGCUCCAUUUCAGCCGAGCCUCAGGAGAAGGAGAAGGCCAAAAAGACUAAGAACAACAAGGGGGCCCGGCUGGAAGUGCCCCAGGGAAACUUAUUGUCAGAGUCCCCCAACCCUGAUGACGGUUUGGAGAACACGGGUCCUUUUCUCAGCAGCAAGAGAAACAGCUUCAGGCAGCAGUAUGUCAAGCUGCCCACCAACCUGCCCAUGCGCAGCGCCGCCUGUGUCAUUCUGUGA